AUGGCCCCCAGUUCCCGGCAGCCCUUCAGUGGGCAGGGGGUGCGAAGAAUCUCCGGAUCGAAUGUUGGUGGAAGUGUCACCCUUCGGGUAGGCACAGUGAACGUUGGGACAAUGAAGGGAAGGAGUGCAGAAGUGGCGGACAUGUUGAAGACAAGGAAAGUUGAUGUGUGUGGGUUUCAGGAGGUAAGGUUUAAAGGUGAAGGUACGAGAGUCAUAAAGGAUGAAGAUAAUGGAGCGAGAUUUAAGUGGUCUUGGAAGGGAAACGGAAGUAGCACGAAUGGUGUUGGCUUUGCGAUAAGAGAGGAUUGGGCGAAGUCGGUUGUAGCAGUGAAGAGAGUUUCGGACAGAGUCCUGAGAGUUGAUAUAGUUAUUGAGGCCGAAGUUGUGAGUUUCGUUGUGGUGUAUGCUCCACAGGUUGGACGAAGUGCGGAGGAGAAGGAAAAGUUCUACGACAGCGUGUAUGCAGUCAGAGCAGACAUUAGAGGGCGAUGUGUGAUGCUUGGUGAUUGGAACGGUCAUGUGGGAAGCGUAAGAAAAAGAUACUAUGCGCAUGGAGGUUUUGGAGUUGGUGAUAUGAAUGCUGAAGGCGAGGCGAUAUUGGAGUUAGCAGCGAGUUGUGAGAUGGUGGUAGUGAAUACGUGGUUUAUAAAGGAAGAAAGCAAGCUUGUGACGUAUGAAUCUAGUGACAGUAGGACGGUGGUGGAUUAUAUACUGGUGAAUAAAGAAGAGAGGAAAAACGUGAAGGAUGCAAAAGUGAUUGCAGGAGAAGAAUGUGUGACCCAGCACAAGCUGCUGGUCAUGGACUGGAGAAUCAGGAAGGUGAAGAGGAGAAAGGUUGAGGGUAAAGGCAGGCUUAAGCUAUGGAAGUUACGAUCGAAUGAAGGGAAACAGUGUUUCCGUGACGAAAUUGCGACAUUGAAUGUUGAGGGUGAGACGGUGGAGGAGCGAUGGACGUGCUUGGAGAAGGGUGUUUUAACGGCAGUGGAGAAGGUAUGUUGUAGAAGUAAAGGCGGUGUAGUAAAAGAACAGGCAUGGUGGUGGGAUCAACGAGUCAGCGAAGUGAUUGGCGCGAAGAAGUUGGCAUUUAAAAGGUGGAGAAAGUUGCGGACUGAAGCAGAUAGGAUCGAUUACAUCCGGUUCAAGAAAAAGGCGCGAAAGGAGGUGGCUAAAGCGAUAGAAAUGCAUCAGAAAGAGCUUCUCGUAAAAAUGCAAGAGAAUGGACGAAAAGCGUUGUUUAGAACGGCUAGAAGGAGCAAGAAGGAGAGGAACGAUAUUUUGGGUGCUCCCGGCGUGCAGAACCACGAUGGGGAGUUGAAGGUGUUAUUGGAAGACAGGUUAGAAGUGUGCAGGGCGUACUGUGACCGUUUGAUGAAUGUAGAGAAUGAGUGGAAUGGAGAAGUUGAAGCAGAUGAAGUUUUGGGGCCGUGGGAAACAGUGACUGUUGAUGAGGUGGCGGCGGCUCUGCGCAAGAUGAAGAAAGGAAAGGCGAUGGGACCGAGUGAAGUGGGUAGCGAAAUGUUGGACAAUGAACUAUGCGUGAGAGAGUUGUGUAAUGUAGCGAACGAGGUUUUGAGGGGCUCAAAGAUGCCGAGUACAUGGAGAAAGAGUCUAGCGGUCCCGCUGUACAAAGGAAAAGGAGCAGCGACGGUAUGUGGGAAUUACAGGACUAUUAAGCUGAUGGAGCAUGCGUUGAAGAUAGUAGAGAGAGUGUUUGAAAGAAGGUUGAGGGAAGUUGUUCGGAUGGGGGAAGAGCAGUAUGGAUUCAUACCUGGGAGAGGAACGACGGAUGCGUGUUUUGUGUUGAGGCAGCUGCAGGAGAAAUUUUUGGAGAAGGACAGAGAAUUGUAUAUGGUGUUUGUAGAUUUGGAGAAGGCGUUUGAUAGAGUUCCGAGAAAGGUGAUCGAGUACGCUGCGUAA